AUGUCGUUCAUGGAUGCCAACGACCCGCUUUCGCCCUUUCACGAUCCUCACCGUCACGAAACAGAUCCAGAACCUGCACCAGCGUGGCCUUCUGUUCCGUAUUCUGCAGCAGAUCCUCCCCCAGACCUUGUCACGCCCGUGCGGGCCCCCCAGCCGCUUUCACCAGCGCCAACAUCGUCUUUGGACGGGAACGGGCCGUCUACGGGGCCCUGGGGACGCGAACCGCAGAUAUACGGCCAGCCAGAUCCAGGUCUCAUCUCGCCACGGGAGACGACCGCGUCAAAUGGCACAAAUCUCGAGAAGCAAGAACCAUAUCUACGCGUCCGAAUCACCGCGCUCGACAGAAACAGGCGCGACAUUCUGAUACGCUUCGAUGCCCAGACAAAUCUAUCAAACUUUACCGGCUCUACCUAUCGCAAUAUCUCCCGCUCCUAUGUCGAGUUCCAACGUUUCUACGAUCAAAUCGUCUACAGUAAUCCACAAACAAUAAUACCGGCUUUACCACUCGCGCAAACGUCUGCACCUAGCGAUGAAGAAGACGACAGACUUGUCAAAGUCAUGCUCCAGCGCUGGUUUACUCGAGUCUGUGAGGAUCCUAUCCUACUGACCGACGAAGAAUUACGAUCGUUCAUUGAGUCUGACUUUGGGUAUCAGCCUAUGCCGCGUCCAAAACGCAAGGCAUCUUCCGGCUUUAGUCUCUUGAGUCGACGGCCGCCAGACGAAGACGAACAGCUUGCCCAAGCCCGCUUCGAGCUCACAAAACUCGAAACACAAUAUAUCGAAGCAGCAAAGGCGGUCGAUAAACUGUCACAGACUCGCAAAGCCAUAUCUUUUUCUCAUGCUGACAUGGGAAACAAGCUAGUCGAUGUCGCUGCCACAGAGGUUCACGCGCCUUUGGCAUCCGCCGUCCGUAAAAUGGGACGAAGCUGGCAUAUUUACGCGGACAUUGAUGCAGCUCAGGAGAUUAGCGAUCGAGAGACGCUACUUCAACGAAGUCUUGUAUUGGAAGAAUAUCAAGAAGCCGUCAAGAAUACGAUUAACAAGAGGAGAAAUAUCGAGCGUCUAAAGGCGAGCUCGAAUAUUCGUCCUGAACGUGUGGAUGAGGCGUUGGAAGAGUUGGAAGAGGCAAACAAGAUUGAGCAAUUGAUUCACCGCCGAGUAGAGGGCAUCUCGCAAAACCUCCAUAGAGCUCUACACCGGCAUUCGCGACUCGCCCACGAAGACAUUACGGCCGCUCUCAUCGAGCAUGCGCGGACGAAUAUUCUCUAUGAGAAGCAGUUCUUGCGAGAGCUAGAAAGUCUCAUGCCAGAUAUGCGAGUAGCAGCCGAUCCUGCACCUCCACCGAGCAGUCUACCUGCGGCGGCAGCAAUAGCACCGUUGGCAGCACUGAAUCGAUCAGCGACAAUGCCUCCUGGCGCAGAAACCUCCCGUACCACAAUAUCCAGUGGACAUUUUAUGCCGCCCUCGAUUUCAACGCAGUCGCCUCUUGCCAAGUCUGCCUCCAUGCCUGGUCCAGAACCAAUCGCCACUCCCUCUCCCACUGCAUUCAUACCUCCGACACAAGUAGUAUCCUCUGGAGCACCGCAAACACCCACGUCUGCGACUUCUCCUGUCCCACCACGAGACAGGACGACGUCCGUGCCCUCGUUUCCGAGGACGAGCCAGUUCGUUAGCCAACCCGUGGACGGUGCUGCAAGUCCAGCUCUUACACCCGGAUUCCCAAAGACCAGCCAGUUUGUCUCUGCAAGUCCAGCGCGACCGAAUGUACCUCCAACUGGAGCGACGCCGAGUCAAACGCCUGUUACACCUGGGUUCCCUCGUACGAAUCAAUUCACCACAUCAACUCCGGCAACUCCUUCCGUCACUCCAGGGUUCCCCAAGACAAAUCAGUUCACAAGCAAUCCAGGGCCGACACCUAACCAGACGCCAGUCACGCCUGGGUUCCCAAAGACGAGCCAAUUUGUUGGUGUUUCGAGUCCAUUAACACCUUCUGGAGGUGCAAUGUCGCCAGCUGCCGCCGCGACUGGAGGCUACAGCUCUUACCCUCGAACGAGCCAAUUUUUGCCCGGUGCAGCACCUGGUCCCUUGUCUUCACCUGGUUACUAUGCAGUAAAUGGAGGCGGGAUUGAUGGAAGACAGCCUGACGGGCCACCUGCACCAAGCUCGGGUUACAACUCUGCCAAUGGACCCGGCACGCCUACUCGGGCCAGAUCACCCCUCGGACAGGCUCCGCAGCAAGGACUUGCUCAGCCUCCAUACCAACAGCCCGCCCUUCCAAGCCAGAUUCAUCAGCAGCAAUUGCAACAACAGCGACAACAGAAUGUGGAUCCAUUAGGUAGCGAUAGUCGGAUCAUUUCUUCACAGCCCAUGCCCUCUUCUCCACCCAUGCUGCGGCCCCAGCAGCCCUCGCUCUCAGCCUCUAUCGCCAGUCUACCUCCUCGGUCAGCAUCUCAGGGUCCCGGCAGCAGCGUUGCCGGCGAUCCACUCUUGGGAGGCGGUGGACUCAGCCAGUCCAUGUUUGUCACACCUACGACUCCCAAUGGGCCGUUGGGAGGUGGAUUGGAGACGGGUCCGUUGGGAGGGACGAUUCGGGGUACGCUCAGUGGCAGAGGUACGCCAACAAAACGACUAGAUGCUCGCGAGGCUGCGAGCAAGCUCGCCAAUUUCCUGUAA